AAAAGAUUCCAUCCUGUCAUGGGCACUUUUGCUAGGGGAAUGUUGCCUUUAUUCAUCUGACCUUGUCAAAUCGCAAAUUCUCUUUUUACAUCCAAGGGUUUUUGUGUAGGUUUCAUUAAUCAUCCAAUCGAGAGUUAAUUCAGCCCUGAGAAUCCUUCUUGCACAUCCCAGGCCUUCCACUAGAGCCAGACUGGCACAUGUGUGUGAACUCUUCUGUUUCACUGGUUUGGAGGGAGUUAAACUUUUCACAGUUUUCUGGAUUGUUUGCAGUUCAGCCCUAUGCAACAUAAUGAAAGUUUUCUAGCCAUCUGUUGUUAAGCUGGCGGUGAGCAAGGCCAGUAUAUCCAAACAAAGUCCUGGCCUGCUGUAAACUGAACCUGUCAGUUUAGCAUAGCUGUGCUGACCUCCCAAACGUGCAGGGCAGGCUUUGGUACCAGGCACUGACUGCCUAGAGAGCUUUCGAGGGGAACCAGGCGGUGGGGGUGGAGGGGGGCAACCAUGUUUACCUUCACCACUCAGUGUUCCUACCACUGCCUUGAACUAGUUUAUACUAAAUCUCUCUGUAGACAGGAUUUUUUGUUUCCUUAUUCCAAACUUUUUAAUUUAAUUAAUUUUUCUUUUUUGCAAGGGAGAGGAGAAGAGAGAAAAACUUAGUUGAUUGGGAAGCAUUAUAGAUCAUAACAACAGUUAUUUGUGGGGGUAUUUUAUAUGUCUUUUGGGGUAUAACACCUUUCAAUAGAAAGGCAACACAAGUAGCUUUCAUGCCAGGUAAAAUCUUCUAGAUUGGAAUUUGGAAUUGGAAUAAUAAUUCCAAAUGGAAUAAAAAUAAAUUGGAAUAAUAAUCUUUUAUUCAUCUUCUUUCAAGGUUGGUUAUUAAUGGGCCAGGUGACUCUUUGUAUCAAAGGGCCAUGGGAAAGAACAUUGAUGAUGAUAAUUUAAUAAUAAUCAUUAUUAUAAUAAUAAUAGUUGUCAUAUACAUAGCACAUUACAUUUUAGAAAGUGCUUUCUUUAUUCAUCCAGGCAGUAAGCCUUUAAUAAAAGCCUACUGUCCUAUCCUUACUUAUUAAAAAAAAAAACUCUUACCUUCUUCUCUUAGAAUCAAUACUAAAUAUCAGUUCAGGACAGAACAACAAUAAGGUCUAGACAAUCCAAAUUGGGGUUAAGUGUCUUGUCCAGUUUCAUAGAGUUAGGAAGUAUCCGAGUCCAGAUUUGAACCUAGGAUCACCCAUCUCCAGACUUAGCAGUCUAUCCACUAAGCCACUAGCUGCCCCUUAUUAUCCCCAUGUUAAAGAUGCUAUUCUAAAAAUAAAUGCUUUAGUAUAAGAAUUCUUAAACUAGAUUCCCUAAAAACACAUACAUAUAUAAGCAUGAAGAUAUGUAUAUAUUGAUAACUGUAUUUGAAAGGAAUUUUCUUUGUCAGAUUGUCAAAUUGUCUUUGCCUUCCUUUGUCAGCCUAUAUAUUUCAUUUGAUCUAUUUAAAUGCAUUUUUCUGAGAAGGCAUCCACAGCCUGCCCCAGAUGUCCAAAGAGAUCCAGGACCCAAAAGGGGGAAGGAUCCCUGCUAGAAUACAUUAAUAUUGAUUUGCAUCGUUCAGUUGUACUGUGCCUUUAAGCACAAACAUAUACUGAGCACCUAUUGAGUACUAGGCACUGGGAUACAAAGACAAACACGAAACAGUCUCUGCCUUCAGUGAGCUUACCUUCUACCUUGAAUUGAACUCAAUGGUUUUCAGGUUUCUCUUUGAGAAAAUCAUCUGACAGCUAUUUACUUGGGUUGCUUUAUCCUUUUGUUGGGUGUUAAUUCAUUUCUUGUUCUCACACACACACAAAUAAAUACAUAUUGUUUUAACUCAGCUUUGUCUGAAUGUAAUUUCAUUUUCUCCUCCCCUGAAGAAAUUUACUCAUUUAAUUUACUUAUUAAAAUACUUAAUUGCAUUUUAUGCUCUGCUGUCUACAUACACCAUGACUCUUUGCUUUCUACUCAGGGCCAAAAAAAAAACAAAACAAAAAAAACAACUAAACUAAACUAAACUGGAGCAAACCCCCAAAUGUUAGUCCUACUUGUAUAACUCUAGUCUUGAUCUCUGCUGCAUAUUUUCUUUUUGAUGUUCCCACGUGCUCAAUACUUUGAAUCUUUGACCUGUGUUCAUCUUUAUCCUUUUCUAAUUUUCCUAAAUUUACCUAUAGCUUUGGGAAAUAUAUUCAGUAGCCAACUCUUUCAGGGCAAUCACUGGACCUCUUUGGCUCCUACCAAAAGCUAUGGAGACAUCAAGUGAUGCAGUUCUCUCUCUCAUCCACCCUUUUGAAUAUUUCAGCCCCUUACCUGCUCUCCACAGUCACCAUAUACAACAGAGCAAAGGGUGGGGAGGGACAACUGCCUGGGAGGGGUUGAGAUUUAGGAGAGGGAGGUGAGAUAAGACAGUCCUUAAAUACCAAAAUUUCCAAACAUCAUGCUAGAUUAUGCUCAGUAUGAUAAGCACACUUACAAAGGAUAGGGAAGCAUUAAAAGCUCAGCCUUAGUCACUCACAUUCCAUUCAGACAUCAGAAUACUGCCCUUCAAUUCCAUUGUCCCAAGAUUUAUUUGAACCUCAGGGAGAUAUCAAAUCAAUCAAUCAUUUUCUUAGUACCUACUGUGUGCCAGGCACUGGGCUAAGCAGUAGACCAGAAACAAAGGAGAAUCCUGGGAGAGUGGUACCCCAGUCAGAGGUUCAAUCUACUGGGGGAUGGGAAAGAACAAGAUAGCAGGAAAGCCAUAUGUAACCUGUCCAGUUCCAUGAGAGAGCUAAAGACCCUUAAUGAUCAGUCAGCUGGGGACAGGGGAUUUGCCCCUUUACAUUUCACCCAAGGCUGAGGAUGCCAUAGGUGAGGGACCAGAAACAAGUCAAAAGAACAAGGGAGAAGGCUCCCCCACCAUUGGGGGGGGUGGGAAUUUUAACAUUUCUUACAAGAUGCUAGGGACAGGUAGUAAGAUGGAAGUGAAAAACGAUUCAAUUUAAAAUUCAAAUGAGUGCACUUACUAGGAAAUCCCAUACAGCCAUAAUCUGUUUGUAAGGUGACUGACAUAUAAAGUGCUUUUUUUUUUAAGUUAAAAAAAAAAAGUCGGUGUAGAGUUUCGGGUAUAAAUGUCAGGUGCAACGUAAUGUGUGCUCACUCAAAAAGUCAAGCAGAUAACCUUGGCGUACAGGACGUCACCUUUUACCACAUGAAAUUGUAUUUUGUUGUGUUUUUCUUUUUCCUUUUUUUUUCAAGAAGGACUACAUUAAGAGGUCACCUAUUAGCUGUGUUUUUGCUGUCUGAAACCCAGCCCUCCUGUCUAUUAAAAUCAAACCACUGUGUAAACAUUCCGGGGUCGUUCGUUCUUGGGCUCCACAAGGGCCGAGGGGAUCGGGUUUCACCUGCCUGCACAUCUUCCAGAAAUUAGAGCAAUUAGCGUGAAGCCAUUUCACAUUCAAGGUCUACGGUGACAUUCAAGUCCAGAAGAAAUCCGAGAGGGAAGGGAGAGACGGUUGUGUGCUGUGGCUACUGGCAAUGGCCACUAACCAAUGGCCUGCAUUUUAAAAACCACCGCCAUUUGAGGAGAUGACUGGGAGGCUUUCAGUUGAUAUCCAAACUUGCGAUUUCCCAUGAGGGGGGAAAAAAACAGCAAACAUUUCAUUUCAGUAAUUGAGCUCUGUAUAUACAUGGCAUGUAAAUGAAAACCUGGUUUUUAAAUGGUCCCGUGAAACAAAGUGAUGUUAAUCAUCUUGCCCACAUGUUGGUGACAGCAUCUUCUCCAUAGACAGAAAUGAUGUGUUUUCUAAUUUAUAUGGGAAUUUCUCUUCCGUGUUUACAUAGUAAAUCUCACCAGUUCAGGUAAAUGUAUCCAUUACGGUGACAUCCUGUAUUUAGUUUGGUGAUUCUCACAGCAAGUCUUUGAAGGCUGCUAUUUCUUAAAAGGUUGGCACAGAUUAGUGUUGACCUUAACAGAUUAAACUAGUACAGUGUAAAGAUAAAUAAUCAGCCUUUAGCACAUUAGAUAGCUGCAUAAGCAUGACAGAAGGUGACUUUCUGAAGCAGUUUUUAAAAUCCAGUCUGCAUUUUUACAUUUGUAACAGCUACACAGGAACCUGGGUUUUGCAGAAGGCAAACCCUAAACUGAUUACAACUCUUUAAAUUAGUUAAUACAUUUUAAAUCCACAUUUUUCCUGUUGGUUUAUUAUGCAGAAAAAGGCUAAUUUUAAAAGCCAUGCUUGCUGUAAAAGAAGAUCUUGCUUUCCUGUCCCAGAGGGUGUCCUUAAUCAGAAAUAACCCGCAGGCGAAAUGAUAAUGUGGAAUUCUGCUGCCCUUUAACCUGACACUGCCUGUUCAUUCAGUGUUUGUUAACAAACAGCUCUAAGUACAAAAUUGUUUGAGAAUUACUUUUUCAUGAUAUGUACUGACUUUAAUUAAAAUAAGAGGCUUAUUUUUAAAUGAAAAAUGUAUGCAUUCUCUUCGAAAGUUUUUUUGUGAUUAUUCCUUUACACAUUUCACCAGUCUGCUUAAAAAAAAAAAAUCAACAGCUCCUGGUUGCUGGAUGCAGAUCAGUGAGACUGAAAUCAUCUCAGGAGCUGGUACUUUUUCUAGUUUUGAGGGAGAGGAUAGAGCUUUAAUGUCCAUGUAAUCACUAGCCAUUUUUGAGAAUUGAGCCUCUUAACGUUCCCCUCUUGUCCCUCAUCUGUAGUCUAAAACUACUUAGAGACCUCAGGAUGAGAGAUGCUAUUUUUCCUGAAUGCCUCUUUCCCAUAGUGCCCUGAGUGUUAUUCCUUUGGAUACUUCAUUAAAACUAGGAGAGACAGGUGAUGGUAAUAAAUUGCAGUAUUGGGGGUGCUAAGCAAGGUAAGGCACUACCCUUUCAUUUUCUUGGAAACACUUGAUGGAAAGGGGUUGUUAACAAAUUAAUUGAAUUGCUUAUAAUUGGAAGAACGGAGUUUGAGUGGAACAUUCACAUUGGAUCUCCUCCUUCUCUGCUCCCCCCACCCCAAGUUUACAUGCUGGAGCGGAAACCUUGUGGUACUCGGAAUGAAGGGGAUGCCUCUCUGUAAAGCAGAUAUUUCCUAUUUUUCCCCCUCGCCUAGUCUUCUGUUUCUAUGAUCUGCCUUUUGAACUGUUUUUGUGGCUGAUCAGUUCCACCUAAUAUGUCUCUUGAUUUCUGCUAUUGUAAUACUCAGACGACAUGCUGUUCUCUUCAUUUUAUAAGCUUUAGAUGCUCCUGCCUGUCAUACUCUGGCGGUUUAUCUUCAGCGUCUGGAUUUGCUUUCAGACUUGAAUGUCUAUCAAGCUGCUGUUGCUUUGAAUGUGAGAUCAAAAGAAGAUGAAUUCCAGUAAAAAAAUUUCCUUCUAUGAAGAAAAGAUUGGGGCCUGUGUAAACAUCCCACUGACAGCUCCCAAUGAGUUAUUUUAGCAGAGCAUUAGCACCCAGAAUGACAGACAGUCCAAGACUCCAUGCUAAAUAACAAAUCAGUCCCUUCAGUGGCAGCCGCACGUUAGUUACCACAACAGCAGUACAUUUUCUGCAGGAAUCCUGGUUCUCUGGCUCCCCCCCACCCCCACCCUCACCUCCCUUGACUGUGGCUGGUCGACUGUUCAUAUUCUUCCAAGCUGCCUUACUGUGCCUGGGCUGGCUUCCUUUACUGUAUCGGGCAUGUCACCAUCCAUGUGGCACAAGAUAGGACUUUAAUAAUUAGUUCAGGGUGGGGAAAGCAGAGCCCAAGGAGGGGAGCUGGUCACCUCAAGAUAAAUAAAUACUUUGGUUUGCUGUCUAGAAGGAAAAAAAUCAGAGAGGAUUCAUUUUUGUACAAAAGAAUUCCAUGAACGAGCAAAUAGACGUCCCCCAAAUGCAGGGAGAUGCACAGGUCCUUUAAGGAGCAUAUGGGAUACCGACCGCGCCACCAAACUCUGCAGCAUCUCAAAAAAAAAAAAAGAAAGAAAGAAAAAAUUAAAGAAAUCCCACUUUGCCUGUGUAGACAAAAAUGGUUUGGGGAGUGCAGGUUCCCUGAGAGAGACGCUGAAGACGUGUGUCUGUCUGCAGAAGGGAGCUGGAGUAUUUGGUUGCUGUUUGUCUGUUGGUCCAGUUAGGGCAUAAUUAGUUAGGUAUGUUGCUGCUUGUAGACCUGAAGUGAUUUAGAUAUGUGCCGAAUUAGAAUUAAUAGAUUUCUUUAAGUGCUUGAUGCCACUUUGAAAUUACCUGCCAGCUCCAACGGCUCUUUCAACUUUGAAAGAGGAGAAUUACUUGAGGGAUUCUUGUGGUUUCUUUGUCAUUUCGAAGGCAUUGCUACUGUGGAGGCAAGCCUCUUGUUGGCUAGAAAGGGCAAUGUUCCAGGGUGUUUUCACUUCAGUGUGUGCUCCAGCAGCCCGGCACUUCCUGUUUAUUCAAACAUCUUUUUACCAUUCUCCAACCCCCGCUUCACAGAAACAGCCAGAACACAUCUACAGCAAGAAGACGGAAAUCUAAAGACAGUCAGAGCUCACCCCGUCAAAGUCUUCAUUUUCUCUGCUCUUCAGGUGGCAAGACAGCUUCUUCUACAACAGCAACAAGUUAGUGGAUUAAAGUCCCCCAAGAGGAAUGACAAACAGCCAGCCCUUCAGGUUCCAGUGUCAGUGGCUAUGAUGACACCUCAAGUUAUCACUCCCCAGCAAAUGCAGCAGAUCCUCCAGCAACAAGUGCUUACUCCCCAACAGCUCCAGGUCCUGCUUCAGCAACAGCAGGCACUCAUGCUUCAACAGCAACAGCUUCAAGAGUUUUACAAAAAACAACAGGAACAGUUACAGCUCCAACUUUUACAACAACAACAUGCUGGAAAACAGCCUAAAGAGCCACAGCAACAGCAGGUGGCGGCUACCCAGCAGUUGGCCUUUCAGCAACAGCUCUUACAGAUGCAACAGUUACAGCAGCAACACCUCCUGUCCUUGCAGCGCCAGGGCCUGCUAACCAUUCAGCCUGGACAGCCUGCCCUUCCCCUCCAACCUCUCGCGCAAGGCAUGAUUCCAGCCGAACUGCAGCAACUCUGGAAAGAAGUGACAGGCUCGCAUCCAGCGGAAGAAACCCCGAGCAGCAACCAUAGCAGCUUGGAUCUGUCUUCUUCAUGCGUCACCACCUCCUCUGCACCUUCCAAGACCUCCUUAAUCAUGAACCCCCACGCCUCCACCAAUGGGCAGCUAGCAGCCGUCCACACCCCUAAAAGAGAGAGUUUAUCCCAUGAAGAUCACCCCCAUAGCCACCCACUCUACGGACAUGGCGUAUGCAAGUGGCCAGGCUGUGAAGCAGUGUGUGAAGAUUUCCAAUCAUUUCUAAAACAUCUCAACAAUGAGCAUGCGCUGGACGAUAGGAGUACAGCUCAAUGUAGAGUACAGAUGCAGGUUGUACAGCAGUUAGAGCUCCAGCUUGCAAAAGACAAAGAGCGCCUACAAGCAAUGAUGACCCACCUCCAUGUGAAGUCAACUGAACCCAAAGCCACCCCUCAGCCUUUGAAUUUGGUAUCAAGUGUCACACUCUCCAAAACAGCAUCAGAGGCAUCUCCACAGAGCUUACCUCAUACUCCUACUACCCCUACUACACCCAUCACUCCCGUCACCCAAGGACCUUCUGUCAUCACUACCACCAGCAUGCACAACGUGGGACCCAUCAGGAGGCGGUACUCGGAUAAAUAUAAUGUGCCCAUUUCUUCAGACAUCGCGCAGAACCAAGAAUUUUAUAAGAACGCAGAAGUUAGACCACCCUUUACAUAUGCAUCUUUAAUUAGGCAGGCUAUUCUUGAAUCUCCAGAAAAGCAACUAACCCUAAAUGAAAUCUAUAACUGGUUCACCCGAAUGUUUGCUUACUUCCGGCGUAAUGCAGCAACGUGGAAGAAUGCAGUGCGUCAUAAUCUUAGUCUUCACAAGUGUUUUGUGCGAGUAGAAAACGUUAAAGGGGCAGUAUGGACAGUGGAUGAAGUAGAGUUCCAAAAACGAAGGCCACAAAAGAUCAGUGGUAACCCUUCUCUUAUUAAAAAUAUACAGAGCAGCCACGCCUACUGUACACCUCUCAAUGCUGCUUUACAGGCUUCGAUGGCUGAAAAUAGUAUACCUCUCUACACUACUGCUUCCAUGGGAAAUCCCACUCUGGGCAAUUUAGCCAGUGCUAUGAGGGAAGAGCUAAAUGGCGCGAUGGAGCAUACAAACAGUAACGAGAGUGACAGUAGUCCCGGCCGUUCCCCUAUGCAAGCAAUGCACCCAGUGCAUGUCAAAGAGGAACCUUUAGAUCCAGAUGAAAAUGAAGGUCCGCUCUCCUUAGUGACAACAGCCAACCACAGUCCAGAUUUUGACCACGACAGAGAUUAUGAAGAUGAACCUGUAAAUGAGGACAUGGAGUGAAUGUCUAAUAUCCUUAUCCUGAGAAUGAAGAUUGGGAAAAAAACAAAAAACAGAAAACAGAAACAAAACAAGUCAAAGUCCGCUGUGAAAUCUCUCCAUUAUUGUACAGUCUGGGGGAUUUUCACUCCAUUUUGACAACUCUGAAAUGUGUUAACUCUUAGUGCCAUCAAGUAUCCCAUUUGGGAGUAUUUUUGAUUUUUCUACUUUUUGUUGAAAAAAGGAAUUUGUACUCUGUGCAUUGGAUGGACUUGUUUGGUACUUGGGAUUUUCCUCUCUUACAGUCAACAUCAGUGUUGUAAAUUUGCUAAACUGAUUCACUUACAUUAAGCAGCAGACUUUGGACUGCAGUCCUGCCAAUCACGGACACUGAGGACGUCAAACUGAGCAUGUUCACCUAAACUGCAGAUCAAGCCUUUGCCCAGAUUUUAAGGAUUCCAAUGGACCACAUAUUUGCACAGUACUUACUGCAUGUUGAUUAUCACUGCCUUUACUCCAUUUUUUUUUGCUUCCAUUUGGGAUGGGGAAGGCCUCUGUGUGUGUAUUGGGGGGUGGGGUUAAAGAAUAAUUAUCCCAAACUUUUUAAUGUAUUGCUUUUUUUUUUUUUGGCUUCUACUAUACCAUUUUAAGUUCUGACCUCAGGCCUCAACUUGGGCCCAGGGCCUCUUUGAGGCUUUAAUGUUUUCUGUACUCUGUGAUGAAUGUUAAUAGGUGUUUUUAUUAUACAAAGCUGAAUGUCAUUUUCUUGUUUGUAGUUUUCUGUCAUUCAUUCCAAUUUCCUUCAGAUAGCACCCAUGUUUUCUUUAAAUUCAGAAAACAUUCCGUUUUGGUCUUUGCAAGAAGGUCCCAAAUGCUGCACUCUACCCAAUGAAGGUUGUCCAACUCGAAAGGAUGAAAUCCUGCGAGAAUGAGAAUGAAUGACAGACAGAGAAACACUGUAGAAAGCAACGCAGAUUCAUUCCACAAAGCAGUAUUUGGGAAUUUUGUCUUGGGGUUGUUUUCUCGGCAGCCACAUCCUUUGGAACAUCACCACGAUAUUUAGCACCAGUUGAAUUCCAUAGCAGCUAGGAUCAGUCAUUGAUCAAGAGCCUCCUGUGUAUGUGUGUCAGGCACUGUGCUAGGCACCGAGGACACACAGACGGGAGUGCAAUGGCGGGCACUCCCUCGUGUGACACAAGUUGGGAUGCACCAACAGCUCUCCGAAGUAGUCGUAAGGAUCUGUGUAGGGGACCCCCGUGGGUUACUUUGUCUGCCAAGUGGUGAAAAAUGUCAUGGACUUCACCAAAUACCAUUCCUGAAAGUAGUGGUGUUAUCACUUAAUUUAGGCAUCCAUCCAUUAAGGACUGCUUGGUGGCAUUAAUCUGCUGGAAUGCAAAUUAGAUUUCAGAUUGAACUUGUUAUGGAAAUUGUUAAGGACUGAGCCCAGGAAAUGUUGAAGUGUUCACGAUUCCAAUUGUGCACAUUCUGUACCGCAGUUUCGUUGGUUAUGCAAUAGGACGAUGCCAACUCGUCUCCCGCACUCAGAGCGAGAGACGUGGCUCCGGUCCCUGGACCGGAGCUUUUGCCAUUUGGACCUCGGCAGUUCUCGUCACGCACAAGGCAUAGAGAAGGCUGGAAUUCUCGGUCAGUCACCUCAGUCACUGAACACCUGAGCAUGUUCAUUCUGCAACCACUUUUGUCACUCAGUUAUUUAUGUAGGAUGGUAGCUUAUUUUUUUAUUUUAGUUUGAAAGCCUUUCAGAGCUUAAUUUAUAUUCUCCUUUGUACUUUUUUUUCUAAAAUUACCAAAGAUAUUACACAAAGGUAAAUUAUGUUCUCUGUUAUAUGCUUUAUCUUAUGAAGCCAAAUAUCCUCUUAUUGUUGAUCAAAGGAGGUGAAAGAUUUAGAGGGAAACGACAAGAUAUGGGCUAUUGCUAACCUGAGAGAGAACUGCUCCUUUAUUCUAUAAUAAAUUUAGAAAGCCAAGUAGGUAAUGGAACCAAAGUUGUUGCUUUUUUUUUUUGUGCACCUCUACAGUGACUGAAGCUCACUACUGUAAGGAAAAAUGAUGGGGGCUAUCGAGGAUCAAAGUAGGGAACCAGUAUUAAAAGAAUUACAGAAGGGAAGAUCUCUCUCUCAUGACAAAGAAAAAAAAUGAAUGUAUGUUGCAGAAAAUUAGUGUCCAGUAAAGGAGACAGUUAAAUAAAAUUCAGAGAGAACAAGAAAAGCUUCCAUGAUUAAACUGGGCCAUAUAAUAGAUUUUCUAGGGGGAAAAAAAUGUUUGUUUGACAGAUUGUAUGCCACUUUUUUUUUUUUUAAGAAUUGUGCUCUGAUCACAUCUUGAAUUUUGGUUUAUCUUGGCAUAAUUUCUCCAUUUUUGUUGGUUAGGUUUCGUUCACCAUUUUCCACAAAGAAAUAACACUCCUGUCCACUCAUAAGCUUGGUACAAGAAACAGAAACUUGAUUGGCAGUUACUCUUUGGAGCUCCAUCCACUCUGCUUCCCACAAUACAAAGGGCAGUCUGUGGUCAUUUUUAACUUACCCUGAUGUGCGGGCAAUAGCCCAAAGGGAUCGUGAGAAGUGGGCCCUGUGUUUCUAAACUGAGUGGGUUGCUGGCUAGUUCGGUAUUCAAAAGAGGAUAAAAAUCUGGUAGGUUAGUUCAUUCUCAGCAUGUGUAGCUAGACAUGAGUAAAGAGAACAGCAUGAGAAACUGUUAGUUCGCAUACCUCAGUUCAAACCUUUAGGGAAUGAGUAAAAGAAAAAAAAUUACAUUGCACUCAGUUGCACUUAGUUGUAUGUCUUGCAUGCUUAGUCUAAAGACUGUAGCAAAAAAAAAUAAAAAGAGAAAAAUUAGAUUUUACGUCUCUUGCGGGUAUCAUGGCCCUGCAGAAGAACCAACUGAAAAAAAAAUCUCAGGCUUUCUUUCCGUCAAGCAAAUUUCACUCUGAUUUUUACAGUUCUGAUUCCGUAUCCCUCUUGGGUACCCAGUCGCUUCUUUAGGGUGGGGUUUAUUAUGUUGUACAUAUAUAGCCCGCUGUGUCUGUGUGAGCCUUUGUCUUUUCGGGGGAGGGCAGAGGGAGGUUCAUUUUUUAGAUAUUGUUCCUAAAAAGGAAUAAAUGCAUACACCUGUUUGUCAAAACACCUUUCCUUUUUUUUUUGUGCAACUGCUUUAUAUUAACUAUACUAAAAAUAGCUUUGGGGAAAAAAAACCUACUGUAUGUAAUGGGAUUGCAGAGUGUGCUGCACAUGAAUUUCAUUUAGUUAUCCUUGCUUUAAGAAUAUUGGAUGACAUUUCCUGACAUGUGGGAGAAAAGCCCUGACCCCUUCUUUAUUUGUUUUUGUUUUUGUUUUUGUUUGGCUUUUAAAUUGUAACAUAGUUGACAGAUUUUGUUUUGUGGUUUUUUUUUUCUGUUAUCAUUGAUUGAAGCAUUUUGUACAGUUGUGGUUUGUGUGUGUGUGUGUGUGCUAAGCUGAUUUUUUUUAUACUUCCCCCCCCCACCCCACUCCCGGCCCCCCUGUGUUAUUCUACCACUGAUAUUUCCGGCUGUCUUCAAUGAGUUCCUAACAUUUGAAAAGGAAAAAAAAAUGUUGUUGAAAAUAUUUUCUCCUGCUGCAGUAAAUAUUUUGCAUGAUGAAAGUCCAGGGUCACACUUUCAAAGUUUAUCAGUGAAGUAGUGAUUAAUAAUGGGGAGUGUCAAAAUAUUGAACUUUUGUAUAAAAAAAAACUUUACAAGGUGCCAAGAUGUAAAGACAAUUUGUUACAUGUUUUUUUUCUCAAAGAAAAGCGUACAUUAUGAAAGUAGUACCAUGUUUCAGGUAAACACGCUGUCAGGAAUGAGGGUCCAGCCUUCCUUGUCCCCAGAGUUUGUAAAUGUGAAACCUGUUUGGUUUCUGCAUUUGACUAGCAGUAAAAUGACCUAUCAAGGCUUAUGUAGAAUAAUCGUGACUACCAAGCUGUCUGUCACUUUUUUGAUGCUGACAUAGGAUGGUUCUUACCUAAUUCCCAGUGCUCUGUCUCAGAACUGCUAUGGGAUACCUCAGAUUUUCAAACUAGAACUACUGUGCAAAUCACUAGAUAUUUUAUCCAAAUGAAAAACUUUUUUAAGGGGGGAGGGGGAAGCCUUGAGAAUUCUUGUAGUUUUCAGAUUACAAGUGAGCCCCAUUUCUUAAGAACACAAAGACUGCAUAGAAUGGUUUUAAACCGCUUUGGUACCUUUUAGUUAAUAAUGUACCCACACGGAGUUUUUGGGAUGUUUUGAAAACAGUUUUAGCUUUCUUAUCUCAAGGAUCCAAUGGACAGAUCCAGUGGCAUUUCAUGGGCCUGCCAUAGUUAAUAAAAUAUCUACUACACAUAAGCCUUGAUGAAAAUGGUACAGUCCAGACUGUUAGCAUGGUGCUGUGUGUGUAUGUGCUGCCAGUAACGAGAUUUUUUUUGAUAAGGCAUAAAAGAAACUCAUUCCUUACAUCAACUGUAAUUCCAUCAUUCCAUGUCUGUUGAUACAGACAAUAAAAAAAAUGUUGUGUAGUCAGUACUAAUUACUGACAUUAUAGCAUUCUCAAAUGCAAUAAAAAUGCUGGUUGUUCACACUGGUCGUACAAGUUGCCACA